AGGCUGGCUGACUGGGAUGGGGGGGUGAGGUAGCGGGGCUGAACAUGGCGCGGAGCGGCCGGGCGCUUGGGAAGGUGCUCGCCGAAAGGCUCACGGCGCCGCACAGAAGCGUUCUCAGGCACUUGGCUUCAUGUGGUAUUCUGAUGAGCAGAAUUCCUCAAAUGCAAGCAUCUGUAACAAACCGUACCUUCGCAAGAAGAACUUUCUUCAACAUUGCUUCACCAUUCGGAAAUAAAAGAAAAGAAUAUUCUGAGAGAAGAAUUAUAGGGUAUUCCAUGCAGGAAAUGUAUGAAGUGGUAGCUGUUGUGGAGGACUACAAACUCUUUGUUCCUUGGUGUAAAAAGUCAGACAUAUUAUCCAAACGUUCUGGGUACUGCAAAGCCCACUUAGAAAUAGGAUUUCCUCCUGUGGUAGAGAAGUAUACAUCAGUUGUUACCCUAGUGAGACCUCACUUGGUUAAGGCAUCCUGCACAGAUGGGAAACUAUUUAAUCAUCUGGAAACAGUGUGGCGUUUCAGUCCAGGAAUCCCAGGUUAUCCAAGAACAUGCACCUUGGAUUUUUCAGUUUCUUUUGAGUUUCGUUCACUUCUACACUCUCAACUUGCUACACUAUUUUUUGAUGAAGUUGUUAAACAGAUGGUAGCUGCCUUUGAAAGAAGAGCAUCCAAACUCUAUGGCCCAGAAACUAGUAUACCUCGGGAGCUAAUGUUUCAUGAAAUUCAUCACACAUAAAGGGAAAAAAGUGUAAACGGAUCACUUCAUCCAUCCUUGAAAAGCAAAAAUAUGUAUUCCUGCUGUAAAAAUGGAUCAGAGUAAGAAUCCCUUAUCCAGUUGAAGUGACAGAAAAUGAAAUCCGUAGAAGAUCUGUGUAAGCUCAAAGAUUUGUCUCUCUCCAACAGAGGUUGGUACAACAAACACCUUACCCACCUUGUCUCAGGAAAUUAAGCCUGUAGAUAAUGAUUUACAGCCCUAUUCAUGUAAACAGCAUCUUGUGGAUUCUUAGUGGCCACAAAGAAUUAAGACCUUCAUUUUAGUCUAAGAGCACCCACAGAUAGCUAGGUGCCUUAGCUACUAGGCAAUUUCUACUUACCAACUUAGCACCACUUCAUAUAGCAGUUUGGCCUUUCCACAGCCUCCAAACUUAAAUAGUGAGCCAAACUGCCUCUCUUGAACUAACACGCUCAGCCAGGUAAGGGACAAUUGCAGUUGGCACUACUCUGGAAUACACAUUUACUAAUCUUAAAAGGAAGACCACUGGCACAUAUUGGUGCUCCCCAGUCUCAGUGAAUGUCUGCCAGUUUUGACCCUUCAAAGUGGCAAAUAAAUCCAACUCAGACACCCAAUAAGAGUAUCAAGUACGAUGAUCCGAAGUUAUAAAGAUAGCAGUCUUUAUUAACUUUAAUGUCAACAGUGUUGGGUCCUAUGUGACCAACUAAACCCCACUCCUGCACCUAGGGAAGCAUUAAGGGAUUACAUAAAUGUUGUUAAAUUGCAAAUUGUCACAGGGUCCUGGCCCCUUAGAGGAAAGAUGAAUCAGCCCCACCUGUGCCAUAAUUAAUUAGCUGCUUCCCAGCCUGAAGGGGUGGGAUUAAAGAGGUGAUAGGUUAAUGGACACCUGUGCCUUAUAAGAAGGCUGAGAGACUCACUGGUUGGAACUACAGGGAGAAGGCAAGCUCCACUGAGCCCAGGUCCGCAGGAGACCAGGUACUCCUAAGGAGCCAGCCUGUUCUAAAGGAUAGAAGGAACAGAGCCCAGUAGGGACCCAGAAUGGUACAGCAGGGGAACCAGACUGAGGUAGAAUACUCUAUCCCUUAGUCAGAAAAAGGACUCAAAAGUAGCCCAGAAAGCGGAUGGGAACAGGGUGGUGUGACGACAACACCUAAAGAGUAGAAGAGCUUUUCUGUUUGGGGGACUUUGUAGUUGGACUUUUGCUAUGUCAGAAGGGGUGAAGUUUGUAACUUGCCUGGAGGGGUAAGCCACAUCCCCCCAGCACAGACCAGUGGGUGGAGAGCUGGGAGUUUUGGUAGUGCCAUGCUCAGCCAGCAAGGGUUGUUAUAGGGCACAGCUUCUCCAUGACAAAUCUUAAGUACCAAAGAUAUAACCAUACACCCUUCACUAUAAUUGCUUCAACUAGAAAGGGAGGUUUUUCUCUCAAGGGGGAAAAAAAAGGCAUGUAAAGUAAUGUAAUUUCUAACAGGAAUGUCACCCUAUUUUAAGCAAUCCUGACAAGGAAAAACAUGUAGCAGAGGUCCAAUUUAUCAGGUUUGACUAAAGUAGUGGGGUUUUUCU